AUGGAAUGGAAAGGGGCAAUCAAUUCAAUUGCAGGGGUUAUCCACGUUGUGCCCGCUUCGAAACAGCCUCCAAUCAAAGGGCUUGUGCUGAUCUCGUCCUCAACCGCUGCGUACAUUCCAAUCCCCAAUAAAGAAAGGAUUGUUAUUACCACAGAGAUAUGGAAUGAUGCUGCCAUACAUGCAGCUUGGGAUGAAGAUAUUGCUGCCCAUAACAAGAGAUACAUCGUAUACGGGGCUUCUAGAACCGAGGCCGAGCGUGGGGCAUUCAAAUAG